GGCACUGCUCGGCCGACUCCGAACAUUCGUCGUUGAAGCACCGCUUCCUGUCUGUGCGCUACGUGUGAUAUGUCGCAUUAUCAAGCUGUUGCGUUCUUGUAGCACAAGCGUAAUCGGGAUAGUUGACAUUAUAGUAUAGUACAUUUAGCGCGGGUGCCAUAUUCGACUACACGAAUCUUCGAGUUUCUUCAAACCCCAAAUAACGAGGGAGCUUGUCACGAGAAAAAAAGGUCAUUACAAAGUCAUUCGUCAAGUAAGCUCGUGCCAUGGAAUGUGCAGUAUUCGGACGAGUUAAUUGACUUAGUUCACAAACCGCAACCUACUUGAUGAUCGCGUACGAUGUAAAAUUAACGCGAUAGCUGGGUGAAUAAUUUUUCAGUGCAACAAUUCACUUUUGUGUGAGAGCCAUCGGUCGAUACUACAAUUUUGACAAGUAAUUUUUCCGAAAUUAUUCAGUGUUUGUGAAAUGUAAAGCCGGCAAAAAUUUAUCGACAAAACUAUUCUCAUCAAAAUUAAGAGUGAUCAAAAGUGAAUUAUUCGAGCGGUGUCAUGUGCAUAGAACUGCAUGUAAAAGAUCUGAAUUAGAUAUAAAACGCUUCUUUUACCAAAUCAAUCAAUUAAUUGAGCAGUCUUUCAUUGCGGCCAUUCAGCCGGGCCGUUAUACGCUUGGCAGAUAUAUAGUUUCCGUUCUUGAAAGGCUUAUUUCUAUCAAUGCGUGUUUACACUCUCUGCUUACUCGUUUCGACUGAUUGUUCGAAAGCAGCAUAAAUCAACUGAAAUCAGAUGCACGGCGUGUCCCUUAAAAUAUCCGAGCUAUCCGGCAUAGUAUCCGAUAAAUAAAUAAAAAACUGUUUUAAUAUUUUCUUUUUGGGAUGCUGUUUUAGCAUUUCACGUGCACACUUGGAUGUUAAAUAACAUUCGUAUCGAAUAAAAAUAACUAUCGUUUGAUCACGGAAUAUAGUGAAAAUAAAUAUUCGCUGACGCAACGAGUCGAGAUAAUAAGAAUUUUGUUUUUAGUCAAGAGCAAGAGAAAGGAGAGAGAGAGAGAGAGGGAGAGAUUGAGCGAGAGAGCACGUGCGGCGUUGAGCCAUAAAAAUAAAAAGCACACAAAAAGCCGAGCUACCCGCGUAAAAAAAAGUGGAACGAGAUGAAUAUAAAAUAACUGUGCGCUACGAUGACGAUUGCGAGGUCGAAAGCCAUCGGCAUCCGCAGCAGUCGCUAGUGGUGUUGUUGUUUGUUUGAGCGAAAAAGUCUUUAUAUACCUCUAAGCUUGCUCGCAGUGCUGUGCGCGAGAGACAGAGGAACGAGCAUCCAGGCCAUGAAAAGGACAGCCCCGCAUCGAACAGUCAAUAUGCAUAGACUUUUCAAUGAUUCAGCGCUAUUAUGCAGAGUGUUCCUGCUUACGCUGCUUCUCAUCUCGGAAGUCAUAUCCAUCAGUAUAACAAAGGUGGACAUACCGUACGUGGUGAGGGCGGGCAGCCCCGAUCCGGUCGUGCUCGACUGCAAUUACGAUUUGGGCAAUUCCAAGACUCAGGGCCUCGUGAUCAAGUGGUUCGUCAAUCAAGACGUUCUCUACCAGUGGAUACACGGCAAAAAUCCUGCGGGCUCGGACGAGUUUCAGAAGUACAUCGACGCCUCGUACCGGGCGAGCAACGACACGCGCAGCGAGUACCGUGCCGUGAAGCUGGUCAGACCCGGCCACGAGCUCAGCGGCAACAUCAAGUGCAUCAUAUCAACGAUUUUCGACGAGGUCGAAGCCGUCAGGAAGAUGCUCGUUUAUUCACCUGAAAAAGUUUUGAGGAUACAUCAACCUAUGAUGAACGAGACGACAAAUCGACUCAUAGUUAGUUGUAGCGCCGAAGAUCUGUUCCCAAAACCCAGAAUCAUUAUUUAUUGGAACAGGAAACCAAUAAAGUACCAAGAGCAAAGAUAUAAAAAUAAAACAGAUGGUCGGUACAGUGCAGAAGCUGUCGGCGUUCUGGAAGCUGACAAAGUCAAGCUACCGGCCCUUUUUCGAUGUGAAGUAUCAAUACCCGAGGCUAAUUAUACGUCUUUUCAAGAAUACGUUUAUAACGGCAGCAACGUUCCCCAAUUUUCAUUACUAAUUCUUGCUAUGAAUUUCCUCGCAUUCAAAAAGUACUAGUGGGGACAAGAAUACUUUACAACAAUAUGUCCAAGUGCCUAACCGAGGAGAAUAUAAAUAUAUAUGUGUAUGUGGACGAAACCUAAAAAUGAUACAGAAAUGAAACAGAACUUUUAUUAUUGUUCAUAAGGACAGGUAAAAUAAAUCGAUUAAAAAAAAUACGAGUUAUACAAGUUCAAGCUGUUGCCAACUUGUGUUUUUAAUAAAUGUUAAUUAAGGUCUAAAUGGAGAACGUAUAAUAUGUGUGUAAAUGUUUUAUAAAAAAAGUUUAGGUAAUUAAUACUCGCGAUACGAGUCUGUGUAUAAUACGUUGUAUAUAAGUGAUUGUUUUAAAACCAGUAUAUGACAUUACGUUAUUUAAUUUACAAACGUCGAA